CACAUUCCCGGACGCCCUCCAGGCACCCACUGCGACGUGAUUCUUGGCAGGGACCCCAACCUCUCAGAAUCUUUUCUGCCUCCGCUACGGCAUCAUCGCCAAUAUCCAAGUCAGCAAUCAGGCACUUAUCGCCGAGUCACGCAUGCAUCGCACCCAUCGCACUAGGCAAAUUCUACGUGUCCGAAUACACGGAAGUAGUAUCCGCAGACGCCCCAGAGUGCUGUGCAUCGAGCCCCAUGAAUCCUGGUCCCCGCGUCACACGAAUUUCUGUCCUAUUUUCCGUUUUGAGCCGCGUCAUUUAACCUUACACACCUUUUUUGACUCAUACCGACCACCCCACUACCUGGCGAGUCUUCUCAUUGUACCCCGGUACUUUGAGUGUGCUGGUGUACCUGUUCUUGGCUUACUUGGAUUCUCCCGAAGUACCGCGCUUCCCAGGACCGUGAUCAGGACCCUAGGACUGGGUCCUCAGGUCCACGCUAGAACCAUACAAACAAUGACUGGCCAUUCACCAUCAUCUUCCGGCGAGGGUGCAGAUCCUGUGCAAGAUGAUGUACCUCCCAAUGUGCCGGUCCUGGGGCCUCAUAACCAGGAGACACUCUCAGCGGCUGCCGAGGAGUUGUUCCUGAACAAUGAGGCCUCUUCGCCUCCAGCUGAGCCAGCCUCAGGCAACUCGGUCAUCAUGAAUGCGAGGGCCUACCAGUCCGAAAUGCUUGCCGAGAGCAUGCGGCAAAAUAUUAUUGUUGCUAUGGACACGGGGAGCGGCAAAACGCAAGUAGCUGUUUUAAGAAUCAGAGCUGAAUUAGAGAGAACGACGUCCCAAAAGGUGCGUUAGGACCAUUACGGAUCUCUUUUGCUAGACUAACUGUACAGAUUGUCUGGUUUCUAGCCCCCACGGUAUCGCUUUGUAGCCAACAAUUUGAAGUUCUCAAAACCCAGAUACCAGAGGUUCA